AUGGAGGAGCUGCCGGACGAGGUGACGCUGCUCAUGCUGGCCCACAUUGACCCGCUACGCGAUACGGCGGCGGUGAGCGGCACAUGCAGGAAGUGGUGGCGUCUCAUGCUCGACCCGCACCUCUGGAAGGGCUUCCACCACCGCACCUUCCCCACCCAACUCCGAGUUGAAGAUGAAAAGGAUGAAAAAGAUGAAAGUGGUGCCACCCGACGGCCGUGGCGGCACUCGUACCUCGAGAAGGCGCGGCACCUCAAGCGGCUCCUGGACAACCCGCCGGCCAACGAGCGGGGCAAUCACGGGCGCCUGCUGGCCGCAGCGCUCGUCGGGUGUCUCCCGCUGGCCGAGCGGGAGGUGGCGCGGUUGGUCGCGGUCCACGGGGGCGCGGACUUGGGCGAUGGCCGGGGAUGUCUGCGCCCGGCGGCGCAGAGCGGCAAUCUGCAGCUGGUGUCGUUCAUCUUGGACCAGGCGGGCACCAAGCUAAAGCCACACUUGGAUGCGGCCUUCAACUGUGCGGCUGGGCAAGGCAACGUGGACACGCUCGAGCUCCUUCUACGCGUCGCGGUGCCAACCAGCAACAGGACCAUCUCAGAAGCGGCCCGCAGUGGAAGCCUUGAAGCCGUCCAGCUGCUCCUCGACCGUGGCUGCUACCAUCCACAGCCGAGGCAUACGUGGGGGAGCGACGAACCGAUCAGCUCUGCGAUCAGCUCGGGCAACCUUGCAAUCGUGCAGUUGCUGCAGCAGCACGGGGCGACUCUGCAGGGUCGGCACAUGGUCACCGCCCUGUCCCGAGUUGAGCGUCCAUCUAUGGAGAUGCUGCGGCACCUGGCGCCGGCCCUCGGCCCAGGCGUGUGGCGCGAGUGUCUCACCUCGCCCGCGCUGCAGCGAGGCGACGUCGCCGUGUGCCGCUUCCUCGUCGAUCACGGCGUCGACAUCAACUUCGCAUUCGGCAGUGGUCGCGAUCUCGGUCUGUGCACAGCCCUGCACCACGCCGUGCUGUACAACUACGAGGAGAUGGCGCGAUGUCUCUUGGAAUGUGGCGCACGCGUUGACGUCAAAACCAAGGGCAUGCGCAUGACGGCCUUGAGCCUCGCGCGUCAGUACGCCAACAAAGCGUCGCGAGUCGUCACCACGCACCGCCCUGGCAAGCGGAAGCGAAAGAGCACCAGCGAGGCCGACAAGAAAAAGAACGACAACGAAAACGAAAACGAAGAUAAAGAGGACAAAGAGAAGAAGAACGAAGACGGCGACGGUGACGACAAUGAAAAGAAUGAUGACCACGACGCCAAGACCAAGCCCGCGAAGAAGAAGCAGAAGCAGAAGGAGCCGUCGGCAGAAAAGCGCGAGGAGAAGGAGCUGGAGGCCGAGGUGCGCCGACUGGCCAAGCUCAAGGACGACGCCAAGCUCGACGUGUUCACUCUCCGGCAGAUGCUGCGGCGCCGGGGUGUUCUCGCUGGCGACGUGCCCAAGCGCAAGCUGCCGCUCCUCCAGCUCACCGUCGACUGGCUCUCUGCCGGCAACUGA